UGAUUGUAUAGUAAGUGAUUGUUAUUUUAAAGUAGUUUGUGAUUGACAGUCAUGUGCUAUUAUUAACGAACAUAAAACAAUGCAUUGUGUUGUGAUUCUAUUAGUUUUGCAAUGUAUGCGAAUAUCCUCACUGACAUGUCCUGAUGGAUGGAAGUACCAUACAUUAUCUAAAGACGUUCCAGGAAAUUGUUACAAAGCCUUUGGUCACAAGGCUUCCUGGGAGGGAGCCGUUCACCAUUGUAUGAGAUACCCCAAGAGCAUUUUGGCUGACCUCAAAGACGCCCAGGAACAGGCGUAUGUAAAAGAUAAUCUACUUCCGGACCUAACCGGAAAUGACGAUGGAGUUUGGCUCGGGGCCAGGGAGAGGCGGGGACGCUGGAAGUGGGUUGGUGGUCGAUCAAUGGAUAUACAUUCAUUUAGCUGGAUGGAAGGAAACCCAGACAAUGGAGGAUUGUUUAAUGUAAUAGAUACUGAGGAUUGUUUGGAAAUGAAAAAGACAGGGCUGCUUAAUGACUACAAAUGCUUCGCGAAAAGACCGUUUAUUUGCAAGAUGUCGAAUAUUGAGGUCCCCUCCACUACCAUUGUUACAGAAACAACAACAACAACAACAACGACUACAGAACGUGCUGCUGAGAAGAACGCGCAUACGUCAUCAACAGGAAAACAUACUGGUGCCAAGACCGCAGUUGGAAUAGUUGCCGGUGUCAUUUGUGCUCUUCUAAUUGUUAUCGUAGUUGCUGUUAUUAUUCGCAGGAGAAAGUCUCGAAGGAACCUGUAUGACACCACAAACGCUGUGUCACUAAGCAACGAGCACCUCUACGAUUCUCUCAGCACAUCAAACAAGUUAACUACCACCGAAGUGCUACACAAGAACUAUUCCUCGUCGAAACAAACUAGCGAGCUCGAACACACAUAUGAAUCUGUUGCUUUUUCGAUCAUUUAGAGUUGCAAACUCACAUUUUUGCUUUUUUUCUAAAAUUUUGUUAUACGCUUGAGCUUUAGACAACAAACAUUCAACUGAGUCAAGGUGGAGCAGAACAGCAUUCUCAAAAGUACAAAUUUUAAAUGAAAAUCAGUUCCUGAAACAUACUUGGAGUAAUGCCUGACUUUCAAAAUAAGUCAAUGCAAGAUUAUGUAAUGUUUUGCCUAAAUUAACAGUAUAACACAGGAAUAAUACACGGAUAUGAAAGAGUAAACUUCUAUAAACUGGAAAACUCCUUAAUAUUGCAUAAAAAUUAUAUAACUAAUAUACUUCAGGGGAUUGAAUACAGAUGUACAAUGCAUGAAUAAUUCAAAGCGGUUUUUCCCUCCUGCACACACUGCUUUAACAGUGAAAAAUUCUAAAUGGACAAAAUACACCUGAAGCAUAAUAUGAUAUAUGAAAGGACAUUUUUUUCUAUAUCAUUUUCCAUUAUUAUAUACCUCAGAAUUUACAAAUGUAUAUUGACGUUCAUAAUUUUUCUUAUGAUUCUUAGUUACGAAUAUUUGAUUUAUGUAUGUACAUUUGUAAGUAAUUUGUUAUACUCUAUUUGUUUAAACUAUGACCUGAAUUUAAAGGGUAUUCAUUAUACUACAACUGUGCUCACAUUCGCUUAAAAAUGAAGUUGAAAAGCAUGAUAAAAUAACAUAGUAUAAAAGUUUAGUUGACUCUGAAUGCCAAUUUAAAUCUGCUGCUCACUAAAAUGCACCAAAUCAGUAUAGGCGGGCUAGGUAGUGUGCGGGUUUGAGUGGUGAGUUAGGGAGAGUGCGGGUUUGAGUGGUGAGUUAGGUAGUGUGCGGGUUUGAGUGGUGAGUUAGGUAGUGUGCGGGUUUGAGUGGUGAGUUAGGGAGUGGGCGUGCGGAUAUGUUGUCAGUUUAAGUGUGAGAGCGAGCGGGCGAGUGCCAUGCUUUCAUACAUAUGAUAUGUUUUGAAUAUCUCUUUGAAGGAAUUAUCGCUCAAGCCUUUCAGCACUUUCAGUGCUUUGACUUUUGUCUUGAAAAGAUCAAUUGUUUGUGUGAUUGUCUGGAAAUCAGUGUUAUAAGAGGGAUGACUAAAGAUAAAAACGCAAUUCCCAUAUUUAUGGUUGAAGAUUGAUGUUUUUUGCUAGAAGCAUAACGAAUGUUCUAGUGAAAUUAAACUUUUCGGAUGUGCUCACAUGACAUCAUAGAACAUAGGAAGCGUGAACUUAGCAGCAUUUCAGCUUAAUAGCGUGAACAUAGCAGCCUGGCAGCGUGGAAGCAUGGCAGCGUUGCAGCGUGAAGUUAGCAGCAUAAGAGUAUGGCAGUCUGGCAGCGUGAAGUUAGCCGCCUAAUAGAAUGGCAUUCUUGCGGCGUGAAGUCAACUAGAAGACUACAACAUUUUUUUCAUGUGAACUAAGACAUAUGUCUUUACUCGACGUUUCGAUUUAAAAAGCACUUGCAGCGUGUAGAAGUUCCAGAAGCAUGAAGCAGGUUCUUGGUGGUGUACUAUUAUGUCAAUUGGAUGAUGGCUUGGUGUUGUACUAUUAAGGUAUUUUGAUGAUUGUUUGUUGUUGUCAUUUUGAUGACGGCUGGGUGAAGUACUAUUUUCAUAUGGCAUUUUGAUGAUGGCUGGUUAGUUUAUUAUCCAAUAGGCGUGUUGUAGCCGGGGCCGCAAGGGCCGCUUACUAGUAACGACAAUGGGGCAGCGAAUAUUUGAUACCUAUUUUCGUAUAAAGGGAAUUUUAAAUCUAGUUAAUUGGCAUUUGAAUGGUGUGAAAACAGUCGGCGCGUUAUAAAAGAUGGGUUCUUUGAAGGAGAAGAUGCAAUAAGACAAUAUUUAUAUGUAUCGUUAUGCAAUUUUUAUAAACUUUUAUAAUGUUAACAUUUGUGACAUUAAAACAUUUUUUUUUUAUUAUUGUAUUAAGUCUUCUAUAACUGUAUUAUAUGUACUCUUUAUAUCUAUGUACUCGUGAACAUGUCUAUGAUAAGUAUAUUGGAUGUACAUUGAUGAGACGUAAAUACACUAUAAAAAAUGUCGUAUUUGAUGUUUCAAAAAUUUAAAACUCUAUUUGAUGUGAUAAUUGUAUUAACUCUUUACAUCAGAAUUGUCAUUAAAUAGCAAGCAUUUGUAAUAUUUCAAACUGGUCACAUUAAAGUUUGACUUUAAAAUUGUCGUUCCAAAUCAGCCUAAAAUCAUAAAUUUCCAAAGAGAUCAUUAGCCACAAAACACUGAACACAGAGCAUUCAACUUGCAAUGGUUCCAAAGACACUCGUGGCUUCAAUAUGAAGAUCAGUUAGACCAAUCAGGAUUCCGGCUAUAUAGAUAAUUAUAGGACUACCACAGCUGACGACAUCAAACACGUAAUGGACGUAUACAAGUGCGACGGCAUCGAGGUAGCGGUUGGAGCAAAGGUAGAUUCGCUCAGCACUCUCCUACAGAACUUUUUCGACAUUGACAUUGUGAAGGUGUUUAGGAAGUUGUGACUGUCUUGGUUGUACUUGUGAUGCCAGCAGCGAAUGCUACCAGCGAAAGGUCCUUCUCGGCACUUUGGCGGCUAAAACGUACCUUCGAUCAACAAUGAACAAGGAAAGGAUGUAUGUUUGCGUGGGAUCCAUUGUUAUGGUUAUAAUACGUUGCAAACCAUGUUGUGAAUUUCAGUAAUUUGCAUCCUUAGGCGGCAAAACGUAUGGUUCAGGUUUCACGAUUGGCUCUUGUUGUUUCUUCGACCGUAAAGCUGGUAUUGCUUGUUAAUUGCUCAUGAGUAUACUACUUUACAGGUGAUGUUUGCUAAUUUAAGUAAGCAAGUAACCUUAUUUCAACACGUUUCAAUAAAAGCGUUGCCAACAUAGUCUUUCAGACUUAUUUACAGUAUUCAUAACACAUAUGGAGUCAAUUCCUAUAUGUA